CUUCACCCAAAGAAAGGUUCCCAAGGCCUAAAGAAUCACACACAACAGUCUUAGUACUACUACCUUCUACGAUAACCAAGUUGUGUGAGGACAAUGACCAUGGGAUCCUCUCCAAUCAGUGUAUAACUGACCAGUUCCAAGUGUCAAUCCAUUCCAAACCGAGGUUGGGAGGCGUGCCAUGACUGCAAUAGAGGAGGACGACCUGAGCACUGCAGAUAUCUACAGUUAUGUCAUCAUCAUCCUGGCCGCCAUCGGCGUCUUUGUCAAUGUGGGUAGUUUGGUGAUGCUCUUACGCAAGCGAUCCUGUUCCAUGUUCCACAAUUUGCUUAAGAUUUUGGCCAUCUCUGAUUUUCUGGUGGUGAACGGUUGUGCUCUUCUGUACGCUUUGCCCGAUUUGUGGUUCUAUUAUGCCCGAAUAAUUUAUCCCGUUAUUCUGCCCUACCUCCUUCCGAUUGUGCAAAUCUCCAUGAUGACCUCGGUGUAUUCCACCAUCGUCAUGAGUUUUGAGCGAUAUGUUCGCAUUGGUCAUACUUGCCAAUUGAAAGCUUGUUCGUAUAUUACGGAUGAUAACUUUAGAUACUAUGUGAUUGGCAUCAUCAUUUGCCCGAUGAUCUUUUACCUUCCGAAGUUCUUCGAGCUUAAAACGGUCUACUCGAAGAUUGGAUUCGAUUACGUCGUGGAUUGUGUCUCCCUGUUGAAUCCACCCAAGUUCAACAUGUCCAUCCAAUCCGGAGCCUCCUCGGAACUAAGCCCCGAGACCCUUUUGGGCACUCUGAGUACUCCGUCGGCCUAUGAGGAUCUCAUCUCGUCAUCCCACAACAACUCCACUACCAGCAUCACCACCACCACCAGCAGCAACAACAACAACAGCAGCAACCAAAGUUCCCUAUUGGCUCAAGGUCUGUUUUCCAGUGGAUUAUCAUCCGGCAAUUCGUCGAGUUCCAUGACAAGGCCUUCGUUUUCUGAGGCGGGCGAGGGUCUAUUCUGGCCAUUUCUCAACAAAUGCGAAGAGGCCUUGAGGAGGAACGAGACCAAGAUCCUUCACUCGACCAAGUAUGUGCAAAACAUCAACAUUGAAUCCUCCCAACUCAGUCAAAAUGAGCUGUACAUGCAGAUCUACAGUUUUGGACUGAACACUCUAUUCGCCUCUGUGAUUCCGCUCGUUUCUUUAUUGUACCUGAACAUCUAUACCGUCGUGGCAUUACGCAGGAUGGGUCGGGAAAAUGGCGUCGCAGUAAAUAGCCGCGUCAACAAUCGUCGGGAAAAGCUCAAGGACAACUCACCUAACCCAACCAAACUUGUUGGGAACAAGAACCCAAGGAUUGGCCUCAACCCAAUAUCAUCCCAAAAGGAAUUAUCCUCAGUCAGUGGGAAAGAUGUCUCGAGAAGCUUGGUGAAAACGUAUCAAUGUGAACCCGCCAAUGUCUCACGCUCCAAACGGAGAUUCAGAAUGCGAUUGGUGAAUGAGACCAUUGAGUUGAGGACCUCCGUGAGUGAAACGUUCUUCAAUCGCGGCCGUCAGCCCAACGGUUAUCGCCAUCAUCACAAAUCCACCCGAGCCCACCUUCGCUUGGGUCGAAGGCUCUUGGGCGUGGAGACGUCCAAGUCCUUUGAAAGCGGAAACUCCAACUUGAAAUUGGAAAACGUUUCAUCCUCUCAAAAUGGUGUUGGUCCAGGGGCAACAAGGGCCAGAAGUGAAUCCCAAGGCGAAUACAGUCCCAAGCGACGAAACGAUGAGCUUUUGUUGAGACAAACGAAAGGAACCAUGGCCAAAAAGAGAUCAACCAGCCGCUCAAGGCACAGGAACAACCGACAACAUAAAGAAAGAUUUCGACGGCGAGCCAAUUCUGCUCCCGAGGAGAUUCGGACCAUUCAUGAGGAAACCAAGACAAACUCGUCAGGGCCAGACGAAUUAAGUUGCGAUUUGGUGAUCAACAUCGGUGAAGAUGACGGACAAGAUGUCACGACCGAAUUCGUUUUCAGGAAUUCGCACUCAGGAAUGCUUCAUCCUCGCCCUCCACAUUCCUUGGCCAACUUAUCCAGGACCACGACAUCCUUGAUCCAGGACCACAACGCAGCUCAUCGGAAAUGCUCGCUACCUUGUCGGAACGAAGGCCGCUCGACCCUUCUUCGUCGGGGUGAGAACCGGAUCACUCGGAUCGCUUUGGCCAUAGUUUGGCUCUUCUUGUUCUGUCACUCGUGGAAGUUGGUGCCCACGUUCUACGAGCUCAUCUACUCGUCCUCUGAGAACUGGCCUUCGUGGUUAAUGCAUGUCAAUGAUUUGUCGCAUAGUUUCAUCGUGUUCAACUCUGCUGUGAACUUUCUUUUGUACACGGUACUCUGAUUAUACUCGUUCCAUGUGGUUUGGAAAAGAUCGAAACGGGCGAGUGUUCCCACUUUUGAACCAAUACUUUGGUAUUGAAGAACGUUUAGGUGUUGAUCGAUCGAUGUCUCUUACGUGUAUGUUUGACCGUGAAACGCUUUUGUCAGAAGAAAAUCGACCCCUAUUCACCAUCAAGCUGAAUGAGUAUCUCUCCCUCACAACCUUUGUGUAUCCCUCUUCCGAACCAAACCAUUCCAUGAAUGUAAAGGCCAUAACCUAUCUCUCUCUCGCCAAGGUGUCCAUGCUGGUAAUGACAAGAAAUAAAUAUGUCUAUUUCUCAUCAUUCAUUAAGAAAUCUACACUUGA